UUGAUGAAGAUUUGAACAUAGUUAGUAUUAUUCCUUUAAGUGAGUCGCUCAAUUAUCAAUACAGCUGGAAACAUUCUAUCAAAAAAUGAUAAGAAAAAUUUGUCUCUCAAACGAUAACAGCUCUGAGAAACUCAAAACAAAGUUCUACGCCUUCUAUUAAAUUCUCCAGUCGCUGUCUGACAAUAUAACGUUAAGUGUCGUGUCAUUUGAUUGCUUAAUUCUAAAUCAUAAAACUUGAAUUAUUUUUCAAGUUUUAAAAACAAAUUAAGUAUUUUUUACUAUGGAAAAUAAAGGAGCGAUUGAACUUCUUCUUAAAAAUCGUACACAUUCUCGCGUACCAAGCGACGCUAAAGAAUUUCAUGAAGUGACAAAACGCGAUGCAUUACGACAACUCGAACGUGAAUUGGAAAAUUUAGUUAAAACAGCGCCUGAUGACAAAAAAGAUAAUUUCAAAGAUGAAAUGAAGAGUUUCGCAUCACUUUUCGGUCGAUUUCUUCAAGAAGAUGGACCUUCAGUUGAAUGGAAUCGUAUUGAAAAAUUACCGGAUGGUGCUGUUAAAGAGUAUGCAAGUUUAAAUUCACCAUCAAAUAACGAAGAAAUUCGUGCUAUGUUAAAUAAACUCGUCGUUGUUAAGCUUAAUGGUGGCUUGGGAACAUCAAUGGGAUGUCAUGGACCAAAAAGUGUCAUUCCAGUGAGAAAUGAUUUGACUUUCUUGGAUCUUACCGUUCAACAAAUUGAAAACCUUAAUAAAACCUACGGUGCUAAUGUUCCGCUUGUCCUUAUGAACUCUUUCAACACUGAUGAAGAUACUGAGAAGAUUGUCCGUAAAUACACUGGUUUCCAAGUCAACAUUUAUAGCUUCAAUCAAAGUUGCUUUCCAAGAAUUUCACGUGACUCUCUCCUACCGGUCGCUCGUCGUUAUGAAGUGGCUGAUAACAUGGAAGCUUGGUAUCCCCCAGGUCACGGUGAUUUCUACGAAUCUUUCCAAAAUUCUGGCUUACUCAAACAAUUCAUCAAAGAAGGACGUGAAUAUCUUUUCUUAUCCAACAUUGACAAUCUCGGAGCUACAAUCGAUUUUAAGAUUUUAGAUCGUUUGCUUGGUAAGUCGCAAGAUGGUGUUUGUCAUGAGUUUGUCAUGGAAGUGACAGAUAAGACGAGAGCUGAUGUAAAAGGUGGAACUUUAAUUCAAUAUGAGAAUAAACUGAGACUGUUGGAAAUUGCUCAAGUACCGAAUGAACAUGUCGAUGACUUUAAAUCAGUGAAGACAUUUAAGUUUUUCAAUACAAACAACAUUUGGGCGAAACUUGAUGCUAUUGAGCGUGUAUUGAACGAGAAUCGUAUGAACAUGGAAAUUAUUGUGAAUAAUAAGACUUUAGAGAAUGGACUGCGUGUGAUUCAGUUGGAGACGGCUGUUGGUGCUGCAAUGAAAGUCUUUGAGAAUGCCAUUGGAAUAAACGUUCCACGUUCACGUUUCUUGCCGGUUAAGAAAACAUCAGAUCUGUUGCUUGUGAUGUCAAACUUAUACAGCCUUAAGAAUGGCUCGUUGAUUAUGUCGCCACAAAGAAUGUUCCCAACAACUCCUUUGGUCAAACUUGGCGACAAUCACUUCAGUAAAGUUAAAGAAUUUUUGGGACGAUUUGCUAAUAUUCCGGACAUCAUUGAACUUGAUCAUUUGACAGUAUCAGGAGAUGUGACAUUUGGACGUGGCGUUUCGCUUCGUGGGACUGUUAUUAUCAUUGCAAAUCAUGGUGAUCGUAUUGACAUCCCGCCAGGUGCAAUUCUUGAAAAUAAAAUUGUAUCAGGAAACAUGAGAAUUUUAGAUCACUGAAAAGAGUGAAGAAAAAUACUUUUCGAUGACAGCUUAAAAGCACAAACCGUUGAACUUCAAAUUAUUAAUUUUUUAUUACUUUUUAUUUUCUUGAUUAUUGAAAAGAAAUUUAUUUGAGUUAUUUGAGCUGAUUGCAUCAUUUUAAGCUUAUUUGUUUUUUCAUUUUCAAAGCUAAAACCUAAAACAAAAAAGUGUUAAGAUGAAAAAUCUUAAAAAAAAUGUUUGCAAUAUUUUGUAGAAUAAAUAUUUUUUUCUCGUUUGAAAAUUGAACAAAA